AUGUCAACACCUUCCUCUUCCCAAGCCCUCAUCACCCUUUCGACGCAGAACCGCGGACCAUCUCGUUCUCCUUCACGGCCACGACUGACGCAAUUUUCAUCCAUUUCAAUCACUGACGCUGUCGAAACGCAACAAUGGCAACCCAUUCUACAUGUCUCCAACCAAGUGGUGCUCUAUAACCCCCACUCACAUGCCCUCUCCGUCGUGUCAGCACCAACGAACCUCGCACCCGUCGUUGUCGCCCGGAGGCAUAGAAUAGGCCGGAUAGGAAUCGCCCACACCGACGACGGCAUCACCGUGGCAGACGCGUGCCCAUACUGCAAACAGGCCCUGCCACCCGGCUUUCAUGCAUACCCUCGGACGACGGAGAGACACGAAGACGAAGCAGACUCGGAUGAAGGACGGUGGGAGGAUGUUUUGGACGCGGACGAGGGAGAGUUUGAAGCUGUCGGCACGGACCCGGCGUACCACUCGCGGGCGUCGAACUACUUCCGUCUGCUGGCCAUUGCGAACGAGACGUCGUCAGUGACGGCAGGGUCGAGGAGGCACAAUCUGAGCCCCCCAGGGUCAGAGAGGAGCGAUUCGAGGACACGGAGCCGGAGUAGGCAGGGGAGGGCUGGUAGUCGGGUGGGACGAGGGAUGGACGAGAAUCGGAGCACGAGAAACGCGUUCCCUGCAGAGAAGAUGGCGCAAGGAUACUUCAAGACAUUCUUCCAGGAGGAGUAUAAGCUAGGUAUGGGUGCAAAUGGGAGUGUGAUUCUAUGUCAGCAUGUCCUCGAUGGAAACCCUUUAGGCCACUUCGCCGUGAAGAAGAUCGCCGUGGGCCAGUCUCAUUCUUACCUUCUCAAUAUAUUGCGAGAAGUACGCUUGCUGGAGAAGCUCCACCAUCCGAAUAUCAUCACGUACCACCACGCCUGGUUAGAGAACUCACAGUUUUCCUCAUUCGGGCCCACAGUACCAACCCUCCAUGUCCUGAUGCAAUGGGCAGAAGGUGGCAGCCUCGACGAUUUCAUUGAUGUUCGGCUAGGCCGCAAACCAGCACACAUCCACAUGCACCCCCUGUUCACCUCCUCGCCCUUCGGAACAUCUAUCCCAGCCUCGCCUGCGUCCUCGACCCAAGAACUCCACGAAGAAGACGCCCAACACGAGCCUAUCACCCCAAGGCAGACGCAUACCGUCCCAGAGAAGGGUAAACAUCUAGAACCGGCCACACCCGACUCUGCUUCGCCUCUGAAGCCUCCAGAGGACCCUCACUCGCGUUCAGCGCGUAUACGCGCCUUCCGUGCCUACCAACGCGCGCCACCAGAGGAGAAAGAGCGCCUGCGCGCAGAGAUGAACGUGAUGGAAGGUGGCGGCGUUCUCGGGACGAGUGCCGGACCGGCAGCCGCUGCAACCCAACAACGAGAUUGGACAGCUGUGCACCUGCUGAGCGCGGAUGAGGUCAAGAGCUUGUUCGAGGAUGUUGUAGAAGGGUUAAACUUCCUGCAUAGCAAGUCUAUCUUGCACCUCGACUUGAAACCGGGAAAUGUGCUAUUAACGUGGGAUGAGGGAAGGCUGAUCCCACGGGCGAUGCUCUCGGACUUUGGGACCUCACGCGACAUGAUCAAUUCAUCGCGGACGCAGCGCUCAGGGAACACAGGAACCCUUGAAUACACUGCCCCUGAGUCUCUCCCCUCGCCACACACGGGUCUUCUGUCCCAGAUUGACUCGAAGGCAGACAUGUGGAGUCUGGGCAUGAUCCUGCACAAGCUCCUGUUCUUCAAGCUGCCGUACAGGUAUGCAGCGCAGGGCGAUGCUAAUGGUGAGCCGAUGAGUCGGGAUGUAGCCAUGGGCGGUGAAGGGGAGAAGAUGGAUAGGCUGGAGAGGGAGGUGAGGGAGUAUCCCGGGUUCAAAUCGACACCUAAUCUUGUCGCUGGCUUCGAAACUAGGCGCUUGCCGCGGACGUUCCUCGUUCUGCUGGAGAAUCUGCUACACACCACUCCGGUGAGCCGACCAAGUUGUGAGAGGAUAGCCAAGGCUAUUAGAGACGGAAAGCUGGACCCGCUCUUGGCGAACACGGCUAAAAACCUGUCUCUUGCCCGCCCGCCCGUCCGCACUCCAGAAUCAAGUACAACCACGGAGCCGGAAGCCUCUGUGAUAGAGCAUGAGGCUCAAGUUGCACCAGAAAAAAUGAUGCUACUUGCUCUCCCCUCUCCCGCCGACGUUCUGGGUCCAGAGGAACCAACUAGCACCCACCGCUGGGGAAUUUGGCGACGCUGGAUCUUUGCCUUGCUCGGUCUUGUUCCUACAACAUCGCCGGCUACAGCCGCGACAAGACGCACUCGGCUCCGGCCACACCAGCGACGUGUGGAAGGCUGGACAGUGACGAGCGUGAAGCUUUUCAGGAGCUCGCUGUUGGCCGUCAAAGUUCUGACCAUCCCGAGCCUUUGCACGGAUCCGACAACGCGUCCCCGGCCGGUGGUGGCGGCGCUGCUGUUGGCGGUGGCAGUGGCCGAUACGGUGAUCGAUUAUGGUGGAUAUGGUGGUUCGAGUGGGGGCGGUUCGCGUGGGAGGGGGAGGGGGAGAACAGGGCGCCCAGAUGAACCACAGACUGGGCGAGUAUCUUGGAUGGAGAGGAUGAGUUCGCUUUUGGGCGUAAGGCUCGAGAAGGGAGUGUGGAUAUCUUUGGGUUUGCUAUUGUUCCAUUUCGGUUUGCUGGCGCUUAAUCGCUGGAAGACGUCUGAAGGGGAUGAUCUUCUGGGGCUAUGUUCUGUCGAUCUCAAGGGCAGUCUGGUUGUUAGACCGCCCUUCGCAAGGUGA